AUGUCAUUCUUAAGCAGCAUACAUACAUUAGCGCGUAGGAGUAGGUCGGUGAUAUUUUUGCCAGAAUUAUAUCAGAGAUGGAGCACGUUGAGGGCGACAAGUAGACUACUUGGACUGCGAAAUACUCUGCCGUGGAAUAUGGGCAAAGUUGGGAUACUGUCUGUCCCGGUUCAUAAAUAUUGCAGAUGUUAUUCAUCGUCUGAGAAGAUACAUUAUGAGAUUAGUGAAUUAUCACCCAAUGCAUAUCACAACUUUGCCGAGGAGACAAUGCAGCGGCUGACGGGAUAUUUUGAUGAGCUUGGGGAUACGAUAGAGCUGGACGGAUAUGAUGUCGAGUACUCGAGUGGAGUCUUGACGCUUAAACUUGGGUCUUAUGGUACUUAUGUAAUCAACAAACAACCACCAAAUAAGCAGAUAUGGCUCUCGUCUCCCAUCAGUGGUCCUAAACGUUAUGAAUACGAUAGUAGACAUAAAAAGUGGUUUUAUCACAGAGAUAAUACAACACUAGAUGGGUUACUAAAUAGUGAAUUGUCGACCAUACUAAACAGGAACAUCAAAGUACAGACUUAG